GGACCAGGAUGAAGAAGCAAGACAGUGAGGCAUCCAACUGGUCAGACACUGAGGAGAUGCCACAAGGAGACAGUGGCUCCUGGAGGGAUGACCUUCAGAAGGCGAUCAGUGACAUAUGGUCUGCUGUGCACAUGCUGCAGAAGUCCAUUGAUGGCCUCACCAUGCCCUCGGAGGGGCUGCCCCAGGGCCUUGAACCACAGGGGCCACAAGGGGCGCUGAUGCCAGAGCCCUCCACUCUGCUCAUGGGACUCAGACUCCGAAUGGGACCAGGACCCUUCCCAGCCAUCAUUCAGCAAGAGCCCCUCCUUCCCACCUGCCUGAGCCGCUGCAUCUGCUCUCCCCGAAGACCGCUCCAGAGAGAAAAUAAAGUAGCCAAGGCCUCCCCCCGCCUGUGGCCUGUUGUUCCUGAUGCUUUCUGUGCCUGAGAGUAACCCGUCCCUCUGCCAAUUUUUCCGCAGAAGACUCCAGGGACUGUUCCCGGAUGAGUGGGCCUAGGGUCUUCAGACAGUGUGAGGCCAGAUUUAGUAUAUGACAAGGUCAGGGGACUGUCCAGAUAUGAGUAGCCAGACAAGUUCUUCCACACUAGCCAUCAGCCUUCCCUUCUGGGGACUCCUGGAGAUCUGGCCUGCAGCCUCUACUUCCCAAAUGGGGAAACUGAGGCCCAGAGAGGGUGAGCCUUGGCCCAGGGUCAAGCUGAGACCGGACCUCCUCUUCCCCUCAGUGGCCCCAGACGCAGAGUCCUCCCUCUCAACUUCCAUCCUUCAUCCCCUCCUGAAUCUCUCCUAACAAGCCCCGCCCCCAAGAGCAACCUAGGCCGCGCCCCCUGGUUAUGCUAAUUAGACUCCGCUAGUCCCCGCCCCACGGGGUUAUGCAAAUUAGGCUCCUGGUGGCUCCCUCGCGGAGUCUGCGCCUCGCGGCCGGGCCGGGCCGGGCCGGACCGACAGCAUCUCCCAUCUCUACGUCUGCCUGCCAGGCCAGCCGUCCGUCUGUCCCUCCUCGCCCGUGACGUCUAGGCCGAGCGGGGGCUCAGGUGGCGGCGGCCUCGACCCGAGUGAGCCGCCUGAAUGGGAGCCUGGACCCACAGUGCUUACUUCUGCCUGCCUGGGCCUCAGUUUCCACAUCCGUGCAAUGUGGGUAACCAUCCCUGCCCUGCUGGUGGCCAGGAGCAGCUGUGAGUCUGUGGGCGUGGCGGCGGCCUGUGGGAAGCCAUAGGCUCUUUCACAGGCCCUGCCUUCACCAUGGCGGGAGGGAGACCCCAGCUGAAGAGGAGUUUCUCCAUCAUUCCCUGCUUUGUCUUCGUGGAGUCGGUGCUGCUGGGCAUCGUGGUCCUGCUGGCUUACCGCCUCGAGUUCACGGACACCUUCCCUGUGCACACCCAGGGCUUCUUCUGCUACGAUAGUACCUAUGCCAAGCCCUACCCGGGCCCUGAGGCUGCCAGCCGAGCGCCUCCCGCGCUCAUCUACGCUCUGGUCACCGCUGGGCCCAUCCUCACGAUCCUGCUGGGGGAGCUGGCCCGUGCCUUCUUCCCUGCACCACCCUCAGCCAUCCCCAUCAUCCGGGAGAGCACCAUCGUGUCGGGGGCCUGCUGCCGCUUCAGCCCCCCCCUGCGGAGGCUGGUCCGCUUCCUGGGGGUCUACUCCUUUGGCCUCUUCACCACGACUAUCUUCGCCAACGCGGGGCAGGUGGUGACCGGCAACCCCACGCCGCACUUUCUGUCAGUGUGCCGCCCCAACUACACGGCCCUGGGCUGUCCGCCACCCUCGCCGGAGCGCCCGGGGCCCGACCGCUUCGUCACGGACCAGGGUGCCUGCGCCGGCAGCCCCAGCCUGGUGGCUGCGGCGCGCCGUGCCUUCCCCUGCAAGGAUGCCGCCCUUUGCGCCUACGCGGUCACCUACACGGCGAUGUACGUGACACUCGUGUUCCGUGUGAAGGGCUCCCGCCUGGUCAAACCCUCGCUCUGCCUGGCCCUGCUGUGCCCUGCCUUCCUGGUGGGCGUGGUCCGCGUGGCUGAGUACCGCAACCACUGGUCGGACGUUCUGGCUGGCUUCCUUACCGGGGCAGCCAUCGCCACCUUUCUGGUCACCUGUGUCCUGCACAACUUCCAGAGCCGGCUGCCUUCUGGCCGAAGGCUCUCCCCCUGGGAGGACUUGGGCCAAGCCCCCACCAUGGAGAGCCCCCUCGAAAAGUUAAGUGUGGCCCAGGAACCCGAGGCCUGCAGGCCGCAUUCGACACCGGCACGGCUCACCCCACCCAAGCCGCAGAACUGCACCCGCCGUGGCCACCUGAUCCCCAGCUGCGUGUCCUCCAGGGCUCCAGCCAUGUGUUCGUCGCCCCGUGUGCCCCGCCCUCGGUUGAGGUCUGAGCCGACACCGCUGCCCCUGCCCCUGCCUCUGCCUGCACCGGCUUCCAGCCAGGGCCCCUCACCCUCCUCCCCGGGGCCUGGGGGGCCAGGUGGGGGAGGCGGACGUGGUCGGAAGCUGCUGCUGCCCACACCUCUACUGCGGGACCUGUACACCCUUAGCGGACUCUAUCCCUCCCCUUUUCACCGGGACAACUUCAGCCCUUACCUAUUUGCCAGCCGUGACCACCUGCUGUGAGGCCCCACCACCCACCCAGAACCUACCCGCUCCCCAUUUCUCCCCUACCACGCGUGUGUGUGCGUGUGCUGUGUGAGUGCCAAAGCCCCCUGUCCCCAAACCAGCCAGGCCCAGAUAUCAGAGACUGGCUGGAAGGACAUUAGGGGGACCCUCCGCCUCUCUUGUCCUCUGGGACCAUCCAAGGGGCAUAACUAGAAGGUGGGCCUCUAGGGUGGCUCCUUUAAGGGCCAAAACCUGACCCUAUUGGCCACUGCCAGCCAGUGGGAACCCCCAGUUCUCAGAAUUCUAACCAAAAGGACUUUACUUCAGCCAAUGGGAUCCUCCCCCAUCAAUUCUUAGAAUCUCAGGCAGAGGGCAACUCCAGGCAGUGUUCAGCGUCUGAACAACCAGUAGGAGUCCUUGGUUUUCAGAAUUUCUAAGGUGGGUGGGUAUGAUUCCAGUCAAUGGGGGACCGCCAAUGUCGUAGCACGUGCCAAGGAGAGGAGGGAGGUGGGGUCAUCCUUUGUCUCUGGGUCUUCUCAGCAUGAGAAUGCUCAGCAGGAGGGUGGGGGCAGGCUCCCCCGCGGCAGGGUCCUUGGGGCACCUAUUCCUAUCUCAGACCCGCUCCCACGUGCAACCUCUCACUGAGUCCCUCCUAACUCCCUACUUACGCAGGGCUAGCCCCAGUUCAGAGGUUUUUGGGGUUCAGGGUGCUGUGCUUCCCCUUGCCUGAGCCUGGGUCACUGUAAACCCUUCUGUUAGUUAUUAGGGCUGUGGGAAGGGGCCUGUUUUUCCUGGAACCCACCCCUGUUCUCCACACCGUUCCCCAUGCCUCAGCCUCAUGCAGAUGUGCCAUUAUAGGGGACCUGGGUGGAACAGAGAGGGUUCCCCCUCCUCAGGCAGCCAAAGGCACUGGGCAAAGGAGACACUGCCCCCCUUUUCCUGCUCCCUCCUCAUCUUUAAUAAAGACUUGUUUGUA